AUGACUUCAGAGACGCAGGAGACGCAGCAGCAGCAGACCCCGUUUGACGCCAAGAGUGUAGCCAUGAAGAGCAGCGCAGACGGUGUCAGUAGCCGCACCAGCCGCCCGAGAGCUGCAGCUGCAGCGGCGAAUGCCGAGAUGGCGAAGCAGGUCAAAGGCGAGGAAACACCAUUGAGCGUCGUGUUUGCCAAGGCCGCGAGCGAUGCAGCAGCCAGCAAACCCCCACAACAACGUGCCCCAGCGGACCAUGCAGCCAAGACUCAAGAUGUAGCUAUGUUACCUGAUGAUGCUGACGAUGUAGCCAUCAUGAAGGAAGAGCAGCCUCCAGCCGAGGAAGGCAGAAGGAGGCCGUCCAGAGCUGCAGCCGCUGCUGCGAACGCCGGAAUGGCUCGACAAGGUAAAGAGGAAGAAGGUUCGCUGGGCAUGCUCUUGGCUUCAGCCCAGGUGCGACCCAUGGAGCAGGAGCAGGAGGUGGUGGAGUCCAAGCCUACAAGGCCUCGAGUGGCGGCAACGACAGCGGGCAGCAAGAAAGUGGCGCAAGACACGCUGGAGCUCGCCAGCGCUGAGCAGCAGCCGCAGCGGGGCAAGAAACGACGCCAAGCGCCCGUGUUCGAAGCUGCGCCGAUCAUCACGGACCUGCCGCCGCUGCCGUUCACGACCCCCAGUCCCGAGCUGAAGCUGAAGAACAAGAGCAAGAACAAGAACAAGCACGCGGCUGCAACCACAAAGACCAAGGCCAAGCAGUCCGUGGAGGAGGAGGCAGGAGACGACGCCCGUCACUGCGAGUUCUGCAGGAAGGCGGCGAAUGUGUGCGUGCUGAUGCACUGCCACGCGUGUCGACGGGUGUACCACGUCAAGUGCUUCUGGCACGCGUUCAAGCCGUACGUGGAUGCGAAGGUGUCGAUUCUGGACCAGCUGAAGCGUCUGCAGCUUGAGGCACCCGAGCGUCGUGGCAACAUCUUCCGGUGUGCGUCGUGCAGAGCUGCGUUUGUGGAUUUCUGUGAGAGCGGCGGCUAUCUCUGGGAGUGUGACUGUCCGACGUGCGCGCAGCCGGAGAAGGCGAUUUACUACCGGCAGCGGAAACUGGUGCAGAUGAUGAACGAUAUGGAACUAGAGAAGCAGCGCAAGAAGGACCAGAAGGACAAGACCAAGAAGAGCGGCGCUGCAAAGCCACCGACCUCGACACCGAGUCGCUCAAACUCGACGUCACGCAGUCAACGUACACGAAGAGGCAGCGCAGCGCUCGAUGAUGGAGUGCUUAACGCGCGGACAACCAAGCCUUCAACAUCGCGGAGCGUGCCACCUGAAGGUCUUGAUGUGAAGAAGGAAGGAGACAAUAAUGCCGAAGGUCGUGAUGUGAAGAAGGGAGAGGAUACGAAUGCCGGACCUGUGGACGGGAUUAAUGGCAAGAAAGAUGCAGUAAAAGCGGGAAGUGAAGCCAAGGCGGUGCCGAUGGACGUGGACGCCGGGGCUGACACCCAACCUGGUUCAGGUGAGCCAGGAAGUGCUGAGCCAGGAAGUGCUGAGAAGACUACACAUGGACCGGAAAUGGAGCAACAUGUCAGCACGGUAGCGGAGCGACAACAGGAGUCGCACCCAGCAGAAGCUGCCACGCAGCAUCAAGAGACCAAGACCCAGCCAGAGCUGCAGCAACUAGCACAAUAUGCUGCUGCUGUCAAGAAGGAACAAGCAGAGCUUCAGGCAAACCAGGAGCUGGUGCCCCCGCGAAAGCAGGAAGAACAGUCCGUGAAGGUGAAGUACGAGCCUAUUGGAGAGCCCGAGCAGCCUGAUAUGAAAGGGGACGAGCUUGUUGGCGCAGUGCGCGUACAUCACGAAACGAAGACUGAGCGCUGGUGCUUCCCGAUCGUGUGCUCUCGGACAACGAGUCUUCGAGUGUCGGGUAUGAUGAAGUUGGGGACGUGCAAGUGGUCGCUCAAGAAGAGAGCCGUCAUUCAGUGCGCGUGCUGCGAUAAGCUGUUCGGAUACCCCGAGUUCGUGCACCACACAGACAGCAGCUUGGUCAAGGACGCGAAGUGUGCGACGGAAGACCCGAUGCCGUACCUAUUCGUCGAACACCGGGAUACCACGCUCCACACACCACUCGACGAUUUCCUGCCUGCUCUUAGGAGUUGGGCUGGUCGUCAGAGCGCGAAUAACCCGCCCACCAAUUCGCGCAGAGGGCACGCGGUGAGGCAAGAGGCAGCCGCAGCGGUCGCAAUCCCCACGAUGAAUAUGACGAACCCGGAGGCCGCCGCGGAAGCGCUGCAAGCCAAAGUGUCCAGACUCCGCGCGCUCGCGCUAUUUAAGCGCCCCAAGCCCCGGAGUGACAAGACUUCGACUGCGGCGCGAUUGUGGUGUCUGUCGCCCAAGUACGUGAUGAACAUGUCGAACGGCAGUCUUGUAGACCGCGUGGUGAGGUCGAACACUUCGGUGCCCGACCACUCGUUCCCGCGCAAGUCUGGAUGGAUGGCCUUCAAUUGGACGGUGACCUUGUCGCGCCAAGUCACGUGCACCUGCUGUGAAAAGUCGUACACUUUUGAAUCAUUCGUGGAGCACGCUGGCAUUUCCCUGAUCGAGCUGAAGCAGAAGUCCCGCCAGGUGUUGUAUGUCGUGGAGCGGACGGACGAGUCCGCACUGGUGCCGUACAACUCGUUCGCGACGGAUCUGGAGACUGUCGCCAAGGCCAACGGGCUGGAUUCGAUCCUGGACGAGCUCCACCCGCCGCCUCCAUCCCCUCGACCUAUAUAA